CUCCUCUCUUCUCCUCCUCCACCGUCGUCGUCGUCAUGAACUGGGCCUUCCUGCAGGGCCUCCUCAGCGGGGUCAACAAGUACUCCACGGCCUUCGGACGCAUCUGGCUGUCGGUGUUCUUCAUCUUCCGCCUCAUGGUGUUCCUGGUGGCCGCCGAGAAGGUGUUUGGGGACGAGCAGGGCAACUUUGACUGUGACACGCGUCAGCCGGGCUGCAAGAACGUCUGCUAUGACCACUUCUUCCCCGUCUCCUACGCACGCCUCUGGUCCCUGCAGCUCAUCUUCGUCACCUGCCCCUCCCUCAUGGUCCUUCUCCAUGUGGCGUACCGUGGCGACCGCGAGCGUAAGCACGAGCGGAAGUAUGGCGAGGGCUGCGUGAAGCUGUACCCCGACAAGGGCAAGAAGCGCGGCGGGCUCUGGUGGACGUACCUGUUCAGCUUGCUCUUCAAACUGGCGGUGGACGCCGUCUUCAUAUUCCUGGUCUAUUACAUCUACGAGGCCAACUUCUUUCCACUGGUGGUGAAAUGCUCGGAGGACCCGUGCCCCCAGACGGUGAACUGCUUCAUCAGCAGGCCCACGGAGAAACGUGUCUUCACCGUCUUCAUGGUGGUCACCAGCGCCGGCUGCAUCCUCCUCACCCUGCUGGAGAUGGUCUACCUGGUGGGGAAGAGGUGCUGCGAGCUGGGCGGCCCUCGCAGGAGGAGCUCUGGAGGAGGAGGAGGAGGUGGAGGACAGCAGCAGAGGGGGGCUCUGAUGGGUGGUGGGGGUGUUGUUGGUGGGGGUGGUGACAGCGGCAAAGCCUCUCUGAUGCUGAGUGACAGGGAUCAGAAUGCCCACAAUGAGGCCAUAUUGAAUGGCCACAACCAGCCGCAGACGGAGAAGAGUCUUCCUUCAUACACAGCUGCUUGA